UGGACGUAUAUACAUAUGUUAUCCCUCGGCCCUAGGAUUUUCGUUUCUUCAAAAUUGGAAUUUCAAGCUCAAGCCUAUCACAAGAAAUCCCAACAACCCCUUAAGUUUCUAACCAUCAAACACCUUACUCCAUCACCUCCUCAUUUUCAAACCGCCACCUACAACUCCAAGAAUAGGUCAAGAAACCAUUCCCCUCAAAGUAGGAGUUUAUCCCACACGCCCCUCACCACAUUUUCAAUUUUUGAACUAUAUUUUUGGGCUCUAUUUAAGGCCCUACUCCAGCAAGACACCCUCUUCAUUUGCUUUCUAAAAGAUCAGGAAAUAUUUUCCCUAGCCUUAAAGGUUUUGCCGCAGCACCCCUUGAAGCCAUCGACACCAUUCACACCAUUGUUUAACAGACAUUUUGAGCCAACAAGAGCCGACCGAGCUUUGCCUU